AUGUCUAGGGAUAGCAGAUCGCACAACGAAGAAUACGAUGAGAACUCUGAUGAUUCUGAUAUCUUAGACGCAGACGACGGCGAUUUUGAUCAAACGAAUAGCAAAUCAAAGCAGAAAGAAACGGGUUAUAGCUGGGAAUCUGAAUACAAACGUAGUUGGGACGUCGUCGCAGAGGAUGAAUCCGGUUCGUUGACGACAUCCGUCAAUGCUUUCAUCGAGCGAAACAAACGGCGAAGAAGACACGGCGGCAUACCUAUACAAAGGGCUAUUAUUAGACACAAUCUACUCGUUUUAGAUCUCAGUUUAGCAAUGUCAGACAGGGAUAUGCGUCCAAAUAGGUUCUUACUUAGUUUAGAAUAUGCGAGAGAGUACGUGAAGGAAUAUUUCGAUCAAAAUCCAAUCGGACAAAUGGGUGCGAUAGGUAUGAGAUCUGGUGUAGCUGAAUGGAUAUGCAAAAUGUCCGGUAGUCAACAUGAUUUGGUUAAAAGUCUUCAAAAUAAGAACAAAUUAGAGCCAAAUGGUGAACCAUCAUUACAAAACGCUUUAGAGAUGGCUAGAGCUUCUAUGGCACAUCUACCAACACAUGCAUCACGUGAAAUUGUCGUUGUCUUUGGUAGUUUAACAACAUGCGACCCUGGAAAUAUUCAUGAUACACUCAGAGCUCUUAUAAGAGAUAAAAUUCGCGUUAAUAUAAUCUCAUUAGCUGCUGAAGUUAGAAUUUUACGCGAAGUAGCAGAGAAAACAGGUGGAACAUUAUCUGUUGCUUUGGAUGAAGGUCAUUAUAAAGACGUUCUAUUUGAGACAGUACCACCACCUGCAGUACACACAGCCAAGGCUUUAAAUACAGUCGAGCAAGGUGGUGGGUCAGUGGAUGAAUCUGAUCUAAUGCAAAUGGGAUUUGCUGUAAGGUUGCCCUACACAGCGCCUCUGACGCUAUGUGCAUGCCACUCGGAAUUGCGAAGGCAAGGCUAUAUUUGUCCAAGGUGCGGUAGUAAGCUAUGCGAUAUACCAACGGAUUGUGCCGUUUGUGAUUUGGUCGUUGUAUCAAGUCCGCACCUUGCACGAUCUUACCAUCACUUAUUCCCUGUACCAGACUGGGCAGUAGUGAACCCACAAGCUAUUACUGAAACUAGUGAUACCAGAUGCUUUGGAUGUAGACAAGUAUUUCCACCUGUAGCCCAGUCUAUGACACUUCCAACGCCGACAGCGGCGACUGUGUCAGCGAAUAUAAGCGCAACAGGCAGGUAUAGAUGUCCAAAGUGUAUGCAUGACUUCUGUAGCGAAUGUGAUAUCUAUUGUCACGAAACACUUCAUGUUUGUCCAGGAUGUCAAUAAGUUUAUAAGUUAUUAAAUUGUAAAAUUACAUUAAAUGCAUUCUUUAGAUGUACAAUCAUCAUCGAUAAC